GAAAUAGUACACCAAAAUCGACUGACCUUGGCCGUCUUUCCUUACUUCGUCCGCUUCUUUAUAUUUCUACUUCGUUACCUCGGUAUAUUCACCCGCAUCUCUUUGCUAGCCGCCUGUUGAGUGCCGCGCCCUUGCCAUUAUCACUUUAUCAGCCAUCUAUUCGAUCUGAUUCAGCAAUCGCGUUGACCUCCACCUCUCUGGUCCACUCUACUCCAGCAGCAUACGAAAAGGGCACCACAAUGGAGAGUUUAUAGUAUCGAAAAGACACCUUGCGACACAAAUAUAUCAACCUACAGCAACGACAGCAACGACAAGAAGCGGAGUAUGGCGCGACAACAAACCUCUGUCGAAACCAAAUCCGACAUUGAGGCUCAGUACUCUACUUCUGCCCCAAAUCCUGAUUUCAACGCACACGAGAAGAUUGGAGAGGAAACGAUCCCGGAGGGAGAUGCGCCUGCUCCUGUUGUCCCGGCAACAGCUGAUGACUCGCCAGCUCCCGACGGCGGCUAUGGAUGGGUUAUCGUAGCCUGUUAUGCAUGCUGCAACGCCGGUACUUGGGGUGUCAACACUACCUAUGGUGUUUAUUCUUCAUACUACUUGGCCAACAACUACUUCUCAGGCGGAUCCACUUUGGGAUAUGCCUGGGUCGGGGGUCUCUCUGUGGCCGUCGCUUUGACUAUGGGACCCGUGGCCAAUUAUCUUACAACCAAGUUUGGUUUCAGGAUUCCUUAUGCUCUCGGUGUGUCUAAUCUUGACGAAUAUAGAGCGCCGACAGUACUAACGACACUGCCAGGAGCUUUAUGCGUCGUUCUCGGACAAUGUAUGGCAGGUAUCUGCACGAGCUUCGGUACAUUCCUCGUCUGUCAAGGUGUCGUCUUCGGUCUCGGCUUGGGUCUUACAAUGAUUCCCGUCCAACCGCUCAUGGCCCACUGGUUCCACCGCCGCCUCGCCCUCGCCCAAGGUAUCGCCGCCUGUGGCUCCGGUGCCGGUGGUCUUCUCAUGGCCAACACCACCCGUGUCCUCCUCGAGAAGCUUUCUGUCAAAUGGGCUUUGAUCAUCAACGGUCUCAUAUCCGCAGCGUUGCUUACGCCGGGGCUGUUCUUGUUCAAGGGGCGACAUAAGCAGAUGAAGGCGAGGCAGGCGCCUUUGGAGUUUAAGUGGUUGUGGCAUCAGGGAUUCGUGUGGGUGUGGAUAUGGGGCGCUUUCACUAUCAUGUCCUACUUCAUCGCCAUCUACUCCCUUGCCUCCUUCGCUACCCACGCCAUCGGCCUAUCUCAAACCCAAGGCGCAGCCCUCCAGUCCAUCCUCUCCGCCGGUCAAAUGAUCGGUCGACCCCUCUGGGGCUAUUUCCUCGACACGGGCGGCCGCGUCAAUCUCUCCAUCAUCUGCUACAUCAUCUGCGGCUUAUCGACUCUGUGUAUCUGGCUACCCUCGAAGAGUUUCGGAGUCUUAAUCUUCUAUGCUUUGGUGCAGGGUAUGACGGGUGGUACUAUCUGGUCUGCUGCGACACCUGUUGCGGCCAAGGUCGUCGGCGUUCAACAUCUUGCGAGUGCGCUCAGCAUGUUUUGGCUAUCCCUCGUCGUCCCCGCCUUGGUCGGUCAGCCAAUUGCUAUCGCUCUUUUGAACUAUUCUACCGAUCACCUGCAUCGCACAGGUCCGGAAAGCUAUUACAUUUCGAUAGGGCUAUGUGGAGGAAUGAGUAUCGUUUCGGCGUUGCUGCUAUAUGGGUCAAAGAGGUGGUUGCAGGGCAGUUGGAAGUUGUUUCAAAAGACAUAGUGUAACCUACAGGUAUACCUUGUCUCGUCGUGAUUUACUUAUACUUAUCAUAGACUAUCAAAUGCAUAAUUGAGCUCUUGCAC